AUGGAAAAGUUUAUGAAAUACGCAAUUUUCUUCUACAACUUGCUGGGUAUCGAGCCGUACAGAAUAGAUUUGGUACAUCAGAAAGAAAGUCGAAGAACCUGGACCUUAUAUGGGGCUCAUUCUUUCAACCUGUUGCUGGUGACAUUUGCAGAAAGCAUUUACUUCUGGAUGGCCUACAAAGAGGGUAACAUUGUUGAGGCUGUGACUGUAUCAUCGUACAUUGCCUUCGUUUUUGUGGGCGCCAGCAAAAUAUCCUUCAUUAUUUGGAAAAAGCCUCAAUUAAGUGAACUAAUGAGGCGAUUAGAGGAUAUUCAUCCGCAUGGAGACACCCAGGAGGAGGCCUACAAAGAGAGGGAUUUCCUCCGCUCAUUUUUGAAGAUCAGCUUUCGAUACUCGCUUCUGUAUUCGCUGCUCAUCUGGACAUUUAACUUGUACCCCUUGGUGGAGUAUCUGGUCUACGAAAAAUUACUAAAUCUAAGAGAGGUGGGCAGGAUGUUGCCCUAUUUGCUUUACAUUCCGUGGGAGUGGCAGGACAACUGGUCAUAUUAUCCUUUGCUGUUCUCCGAAAACCUGGCAGGCUGCACUGCGGCAGCAUCACAAAUUUCAACGGAUCUCCUGAUAUGCGCCGUGGUAACGUUGAUAGUGAUGCAUUUUGAGCAUCUAGCGAACACGCUGAAGAACCAUAAGUUGAGCGGAGAUUGGAAGGAGGACUCACGAUUUUUGGCCCACAUUGUUAGCUACCACGAAAGUCUCCUUCGCCUCUUAAAUGAGAUAAACGAUCUCUUUGGAAUCCCCCUACUUUUUAAUUUUAUGGUAUCCUCGGGAUUGAUUUGCUUUGUGGGAUUUCAGAUGACAGUGGGAGUUACUCCCGACAUGAUUUUCAAACUUUUUCUGUUCCUGUUCUCUUCGACUAGCCAAGUGUAUCUGAUUUCCUAUUACGGACAGUUGGUCGCUGAUGCGGUAUGA